GUGGGGGAAGCUGCCAGCUCGCCGUCGGGAUCCCCUCUGUUUUUUUGGGCGAAGGGGGGGGUCUUGGCUCCUUUUCCCCACCGCUUUGAUAUAUGCUUCUGCGGAGCGGCGCCCCCCUCUUCACCACCUAGCCAUGUCGGCGGCCAUCUCUGCAGCGGAGAAGGUGGAUGGCUUCACGCGGAAAUCGGUGCGCAAGGCUCAGAGGCAGAAGCGCUCGCAGGGCUCCUCGCAGUUCCGGAGUCAGAGCAGCCAGGUAGAGCUCUCGCCUCUGCCCCAGCUCAAAGAUGCCACCUCAAAUGAACAGCAAGGUCUCUUUUGUCAGAAGUUACAGCAGUGUUGUAUACUGUUUGACUUCAUGGACUCUGUUUCAGACCUGAAGAGCAAAGAAAUUAAGAGAGCCACAUUGAAUGAAUUGGUUGAAUACGUUUCAACAACUCGUGGUGUGAUUGUUGAGUCAGCAUAUGCUGACAUAGUGAAAAUGAUUAGUUCUAAUAUUUUCAGAACACUUCCACCAAGUGAUAAUCCAGAUUUUGAUCCAGAAGAAGAUGAACCUACUCCUGAAGUUUCCUGGCCUCACAUACAGUUGGUGUAUGAAUUUUUCCUGAGAUUUUUGGAGAGCCCAGAUUUCCAGCCUAGUAUUGCAAAGCGAUACAUUGAUCAGAAAUUUGUACAGCAGCUGUUGGAGCUUUUUGAUAGUGAAGACCCACGAGAGCGUGAUUUCCUAAAGACAGUCCUUCAUCGAAUUUAUGGAAAAUUCCUUGGAUUAAGGGCAUUCAUCAGAAAACAAAUCAACAAUAUUUUCCUCAGGUUUAUAUAUGAAACAGAACACUUUAAUGGUGUUGCUGAACUACUUGAGAUAUUGGGAAGCAUUAUUAAUGGUUUUGCACUGCCAUUGAAAGCAGAACACAAACAGUUCCUUAUGAAGGUGUUGAUUCCUAUGCAUACUGCUAAGGGAUUAGCUUUGUUUCAUGCACAGCUGGCCUAUUGUGUUGUACAGUUCCUGGAAAAAGAUACGACAUUAACAGAACCAGUUAUCAGAGGAUUGCUCAAAUUUUGGCCAAAAACUUGCAGUCAGAAAGAGGUGAUGUUUUUAGGUGAAAUUGAAGAAAUCUUAGAUGUAAUAGAACCAACCCAGUUCAAAAAAAUAGAAGAACCUCUAUUUAAGCAGAUAUCCAAGUGUGUGUCAAGUUCUCAUUUUCAGGUUGCAGAAAGGGCUUUGUAUUUCUGGAAUAAUGAGUACAUUCUUAGUCUGAUUGAGGAGAACAUUGACAAAAUUCUACCAAUUAUGUUUGGUAGUUUAUACAAGAUCUCCAAAGAACACUGGAAUCCGACCAUUGUAGCACUGGUGUAUAAUGUGCUGAAAACAUUGAUGGAAAUGAAUGGCAAGCUAUUUGAUGAACUUACAAGCUCAUACAAAGCAGAAAGACAAAGAGAAAAAAAGAAGGAAUUGGAACGUGAAGAGUUGUGGAGAAAGUUAGAUGAGCUAAAGCUAAAGAAGACUCUGGUUGAAAAGCAAAACAGUGCUCAGAGCGUGCUAAAUGCAUACAACAAUACAAGUGCCAAAUAAAGAAAUGAUGACCUCUGCUUCAUAGACAUACUUUUGUACACAUUUUUGAAAUAUGUAAAAAUUGCAAAACAGAAACUUCAUCAGUAUAGUAGAAAUGGCCAACUUUUUUCUGGCAAAAUGUAAAUGGAAAAAAAAAAUCUAUGAAUUUAAAUACAAUAGUUGAAUGAUAUAUCAUUACCACAUCUUGUAAAUUUGUUUAAUCAUUGAUAUGUCACUUAUGAAGUUUCACAGAAAUGAAUUUUAUCUAUAAUAUGAGUGAGAAUUAUGGGAGUGGUGAGAAUUAUGACUUGAAUUUUCUUUUUGAUUGUGUUGCACAUAGGUGGUGUAGUCUAUGUACAUUUUCCCCUUGUUUUAUACAUGCUUUUUACAUUGCUGCAAACCUUGGUUGAGAUUCUAGAAAAGGCUCCUAGUUCUGCUGUAUUUUCUCAAAUAAAACUAAGGUACAUUACUUUUUACUUGUAACUUGAUGGGAUACUCUGUGUGCCCCCUUAUUAUUACAGAUCUCAAAGAUAUUGUUGUAUAGAAUUCCACUGAGUGAAGAUGCCUAUGCAGUGGGUUUAAAUUUUUUAAUUAUGAAAAGCACAAGUUAGAAAUAAGAUGAAGUAUGAAAACAUAAAAUAAAACUCUAGUUUGAACAGAUUACUGUAUAUCUUGUGUCUGACCUUCCACUUCGAUGAAUGCCUUGCUGUUCACGUGCCCCCUCCAUGCUUCUCUCUGCUGGGUCUGUUUAAGUUUGUUUCUCAUCCUAUAGCUGAGGAUGGAGCUUUCCUUAGAGCCCAUCAAUGAAGCUCUUAUGUCAGCCCAAGGAAUCUCUGUGGAACAAUGCAGUUCCCUCCUUCAGGGGCUGAUGGAGCUGUUUCUGCAGCACUUUCAGCUUCUGCUGGCCUGGGGAGAGAGAUGAAAUCUGGCAUUCCAAACAAGGUUUCUCUAUGGAAGUGCAGAGCACUAAUGACAAAUGCCUUGUUUUAUUUAGUGAAAAUGCAGUAUGCUUCUUAAAUAUGGAGAAAGCUGACUAUAGAAGUCUUGUUUUGUUUUACUUAAUCAAGUCUUGCUCGCAUCUUUUUAUCAGACAUACCAUUCCAAUCUCUUAAAUAGCAGUUGUCUGAAAACAGUUGUUUUGUAAUAAAAUCUUCACUAGGGGAUUGAGCAGCAUUCAAUAAAGUCUUUAUGUUUGUAUUUAA